AGCUACAAUAGUCAAAUACAAAGACUGUCAAAUACAAAAAUGUACCUACCUACUUUUUGUCUCAAUUUUGUCAUAAACUCUGCAUGAAUUACAUGAAAUAAGGUCAUAAAUUUGAUAAACACAGUGGUGAAAAAGCAAAGGGAUAAUAGUGAUGUCUCAGCCAAUGACAGGUAGCAACGUUUCCAAGCUCUACUUCAUUCCAGUGAACAGGUUUGCAACAUCAGAGCUUCCUCAUUUCAAACAGAAGUUUUCUGACCACAGACAGGCUCUCAGCAAGCUGGAAGCCAAAUGUGACUGGCAAGGAGUACAUCAAGAACAGUUCAGGGCCUCAGCCACACUGAGGAAACUACAGCAAUCUCUACAGGAUCUGGAAAAUGUCAAAUCAAGACUUGAAACCAAUCAACAAUCCAGCUUCGAGCAGCUAUUUCUUCCAGUCAGGGAAGACACCCAGAAAGCCAUAGAUGAUUUUGCCAAGUUUCUGAAGCACAUAGAGAGCGCCGCAGCAGAGGCGGCGGCAGCUGCCGUCCCGGACACUGAAGCAGUAUCCGCCGAGACAGCUGGUCAGCAGCUGCUGCAGCGGCAGCUGGUUCUCAAUGAACAGGAGCUGCUCGAACACCGCCGAGACCAGCUGGCCGCCUACGAGAGCCUCGAGCGCGACGCUUCCGACCUGCACGAGAUUUUCGCCGAUCUUGCCACAAUGACUGCUGAGCAGCGUGAGCAGGUGGCACAGGUGGAGGAGAACGUCUCCACCGCGCAGGUGAAUGUCUCAGAGGGCGCGCGACACCUGGCGGCAGCGGCUCGGCUCAGCGGCGGCGUGGCACCGGUGGCGGGCGCCCUGCUUGGUGGACUGGUGGCCGGUCCCCUCGGCCUGAUGGUCGGGGCUAAAGUCGGCAGCGUGGCGGCGGUUGGCGGUGGAGUGAUCGGCUACUUCGGCGGUCAGAUGGUGAACACGGGCCGGCGCGGCGGCGGCGGUGGUGGUGACGACGAGCCCUCUCCGGUCGACCCACCUCCCACGUCUACCCAGCUAGAGCCGCCGUCCGGCGUCUCAGGUGCUCUGCGCCGACUGCAUGCAUCGCUGGCCCGCCGGCUGGGCGGCUGGCUCGGCAGACCCGUUCGACUCCCGGAGCAGCCGGUUGACCCGCUUCUGGCCGAAGAUGUGGAAGAGGCAGAGGAGGCAGAAACCGCUCCCCUCCCUGCGACACGGUGACAGGAGGGACGGUGUAACCACCGCUGCUGCUGAGGCUAGCGGUGGUUACACGUGGUGUGAGUGGCCGCAAGUGAAGCAGUGCUGGCUCUCUGCUCCGCUGAACCAACUGUCACUGUCAUCUACCGAGUCACCGGCAUAGUCAAUAUCAACUACAGUCUCCCCAAACGAUAGUCACAGACAUAGAUAUUGUCAACUAGAGUCUUACCCGGCCACAAUCACCCACAAAGCGACCAUCAUGUAAUGCAGUCAUUGAUAUUGUCAUUGCUAACGCCACCAAAUGCCUCAAUGCGCCACAGGAGAGAUCGUGAGUCUCAUAAUAUCGUCACAAAUACUCGCCAAGACGGGUCACUGCGUCAAAAUCCACUGGUAUUGUCACUGUCAGUUGUCACCGACUCGAGUCUCAACUUUAACUCACACGGGUACUGUAAGUCACUGAAUCGGAUCCCAGGAAUACUUUCAGACCUUGUCACUGACACAGGUCCCACGAGUUUUGUCACUGACAGUCAUUGGGCCCCACGGGUCCUCUCUGUCACGGCGCCUACGGUGCCCCCUGCUGCCACCAACCCGUGCCAUGGCGCCGAGUUCGCUGUCUUUGCGACUGGAAGCGCCGGGGCAGGCUCGGGAGGCGGUGUUGGCAGCCUACCACCCUCUCUGAUCGGCCUUCGGCGCUGGGGUCGAUACUGAAAGUGACAGCUCAUGGAGUGCCGCGAAGACGACCGCUAAAACUUUGCUUCAGUGUUGUCAUGCAGCUACAUGCUAGUGAAGAGAUGGCACGGUGUUUAAAGUCUUUCCAGGCUGGGGAGUGCGAUGAUUCAGCAAUGGAUAAUUGUAUGGAUUGCGUGGAAUGUUUAUUUUUAUGCCAAUGCAGUGAAGUGCUGGUAGUAUUGGAUAUUGCAAUGUGUUAGUGGUUCGUGGCUUGUCUUUCAAGUGCAUAUGCAUAAGCGUAUUUAUUCGUGUACUGUAAAGAGGGUGUCAUUACAGGGGCAGCCGGUUUCUCAUUUACAAUAUCAUGGCGUUACGCACAACCGUGGAUUCACUGCAGACAAGCAGGGAUGGUCCAGGCCUCAAUCCUAUGUUGGCUCGCUCACUACUGCGCUUUUACUGCGUGAGAAGGACAUCGUGUUCAAUCAUUGCUUUGUAAGCGUUAUCAGUCAUAGCCCUUGCCGAAUGUGCCUAAUGCGCCUGAUGUCCAUUUAUACUUGCUGCAAUACACCCCAAAUUGACAUUCA